UCAAACUUUCAUUGUGUCCGGUAUAUAUAGAGUGAAUUCUGUUGAAUUCAAUUCAAUUCAUUCAUUCAUUUAAUACCUUCUUCUCCUUCCUUCUCUUUCUAUGAACAAAAGGAAUGUGUAGACACAUAUAACACCACAUUUAUAUCUAUCUACCCUUUUUAAUUCCCUUUCUUUGUGUGGUGUGUCUAUUUGUUUGAAUGAAUGCUGAUUUUAUUUUUAUUCCCGCAGCCAUCGCCCCAACCUCCGGCCAGUUAUAAGUUUCAUUUAACGUUAGAUUCAAUCUCACAAAAGUGGAUAAGAAGGAUCUCUUAAUUAGCUCCACUUCUUUAGGGGCUUAUCACUCUCCUAUUUCUUCUGGAUAAUAUUUGUGACUUAGUCUCUAGCUCUAAUUGUUUUUAGCUCUCAAAUCCCUUUUUCAGCACAAUAUUGACCAAUGAGUUUCCUUAAUUUUAGCUCUUUACCCUGUAUUCAACAAUUCUUGAAAUAGAUAAAAGGAAAAAACCAAGAAACAGUUGAGAUAUAGUUACUCAUUCAAAAUCCAUCACCCCCUCUUUCCUUUAGUUAAUUUAACUACUAUUGUCCCCUAGUGUUUGAUGGACUUCUCAUACUUGAGAGAAAUAGAAGGCAAAAGAUCUCAUGAUCCUUAUUUCAACAAUAACAACAAGAUGAUGGCGAAAAGAUGUGUAUUUCUCAACGGGCCAGUGAUCGUUGGAGCCGGGCCAUCAGGCCUAGCGGUUGCAGCAUGUUUGAACCAAAAAGGUGUUCCAAGUUUGGUAUUAGAGAGAUCUAAUUGCAUAGCUUCUUUAUGGCAACUCAAGACUUAUGAUCGUCUUUGCCUUCAUUUGCCUAAGCAAUUUUGUGAACUACCACUCAUGUCAUUCCCUGAUGAUUUCCCAACUUACCCUACGAAGCAACAAUUUAUUCAGUACUUGGAGACAUAUGCCUCGACGUUUGGUAUUAGGCCUGUUUUCAAUCAAACGGUCGUAUGUGCUAAUUAUGACCGGAGGCUCGGGCUCUGGAGGGUGAGGACGGAGACAACAACCACCACAACAACGACAACAAUAACGGUGGCAACAGAGUAUGCUACACGGUGGUUGGUCGUGGCAACGGGGGAGAAUGCGGAGGCAGUGGUACCUGGAAUUGAAGGGAUGGAGGAAUUUGGUGGAAGUAUAAUGCAUACAAGCUUGUAUAAAAGUGGUGAAGUUUUUAGAGGGAAAAAAGUGUUGGUAGUUGGAUGUGGAAAUUCAGGAAUGGAGGUGUGUUUGGAUCUGUGUACUCAUAAUGCAAAACCUUCACUCGUGGUCAGAGAUACUGUGCACAUCCUACCACGAGAGAUGCUGGGGAAAUCAACUUUUGGGCUAUGCAUGUGUUUACUAAAGUGGUUGCCCAUUCGACUUGUCGAUCGAUUUCUGUUACUUACUUCUCGGUUAUUGCUCGGUGACACGGCUCGACUCGGCUUGGAUCGGCCUGAAAUUGGGCCACUAGAGCUAAAAAACUUGUCAGGAAAAACCCCAGUGCUCGACGUUGGGACACUUGCUAAGAUUAAAAGUGGUGACAUUGAGGUAUGUCCUGGAAUUAAGAGAUUAUCAAAGCAUCACACGGUGGAAUUUACGAAUGGGCAAACGAAAGAAUUUGAUGCAAUAAUCUUAGCAACUGGUUACAAAAGCAAUGUACCCUCGUGGCUAAAGGAAAAAGAGAUGUUUUCAGAGAAAGAUGGUCUACCAAAAAGGCCCUUUCCCAAUGGGUGGAAAGGAGAAUGUGGGCUUUAUGCCGUGGGGUUCACCAAACGUGGCUUGCUUGGUGCUUCCAUGGAUGCCAAGAAAAUUGCAGAGGACAUUUAUCAAUAUUUUCAAUGUAAAAUGGAAAUAUAGGUAUGAUUUUGUUGAAAUUUUGAUGGUAUGCCAUUAACCCCCUCAAAAAGAAAAGUUGGGAGAAAGGAGAAAAAAAAAAAAGUGUUGGUACCAAAAGAAGGUUUGAUCCUAAAAAUGAAGAAAGAGGUGGAACAAACAAAAAGGUGAAAGAGAAAGAGAAGAUCAAGAAUAUGCUAAUACAUCAACUUGAAAAAGAAGAAACAGCAAGAUUUUUGUGGGGAUUCAUCAUCAUCAAAAUCUAGCUAGUGUAUACACAUCUUGUACAUUUUUUUUUGGCAAAUUUUCUCUUAUUAUUAUUAUUAGGUAUAACAUUCUUAGGGGGAAAAAGUAGAGUUAGGCUUUUUUUGUUUUUCUGAGUUUGGUUAUAUGAGUGUUAGGUUGCUAGUAUUCACAUGGGGUUUUUUGGUUUUUGACAACACAAGAAAAAAAGGAUCAUUUUUAUUUAUUUCGUUCAAAUUUUGUAUUUUUAGUCAUUUUCCCCCUUUUAUUGUGAUUGGCAGAAUUGUGAG